UUUUUUUUCUAUUCAUAUUCACAGGACAACUGGAGAGAUGUGAUCACCAGAAAAAUUGAUUGUAUCUUGAAUAAAGUAGACUUCACUGAGUCUCAUCUAAAUGUCACAAGCACAGAAUGGGAUACAAGGGUGGCAACUCCUCCUGAUAGUAAAAAGAUGAGGCAUGAUGGUGAUGAGGAGAACAAUUGAGAAGCUCCUCCCCUCUACCUUCCUUAAUGUACAAUGAAACCAACCUCCUAUUACUCCCCUCUGGUGGGGAUUUAAAAAAAUAUGCUCUCAAGGUUUUUGCCAAUCUCUUCUCACUUGAGGAGAUGGCAAAUGGCAUUGUAGAGCCUGCCAGAGGGAAGGCUACUGGGAAGGUGGAGUUGGACCCUUACAGAGUUGAUCUACUAAAAAGAGCUAUAAAACAUAAAUUUGGCAAUGCCCAAAUGAACAAGAAGUGGCCUCAAAUAAGAAUCCUUGAAUAA